AUGAGUAGCAACGCGAAGACCCGCCACCGCUCCCCCGGGCAUCUCCCCAAAGUACAGAUAAAGCAGAAACGGAUCCGAAUACACACUACACCCGGGAAGUUUGAGGGGGCUCAGUGGCUGGAGGGUGCUACAGACAGGGAGAAGGGGUCGGGAAGCGGCCAGGUUACGUCGUGA